CGUCCAUGAACAAACACUGGGGCGAAGUCGAGUGUGAAGUAAGGUGAGGACGGGUCGGGACGCGUUGACAAUCAGCUGUUGGAGGCGCUGUUGGCUCACACGACUGGCGUACAUCUUGCCCUAUUGUAGAGGCUGUAGGCCUAGUGGGCGAGUGUGGCCCCGGCGAUGGUAGCGUGCUGAGUGUGCUCGCCUCACCAUGGACGGCGUCGACCGAUUUUCAUUACUUCUGCUUGAGCCUGGAGAGAUUUACUUUGAAGAUUUUGCAGCCAUCUACAUUCUUCCCGAAGAGAGUGCUAAUAAUAAUGAUGGGUGGGCAGAAAAAUUUGAGAAUAGGCUGCUGAGAGGACGUUUGAAGGUGUGUUCGAAGUCUCUUGUAUUUGAUCCACGGGACAUGCGUGCUCCAAUUAUUAAAUUUCCAUUUCGCACAUUUGAGAGAGUUGAAGAAAGCAAAACUACUCUGACUAAUGAACUGCUUUACAGUGAGGGGGAAAAAAGUGUUGUUGAGGUGACCUGCAGUAUGACAGUGGAGAUGCUGGAGGGAGGAGUCUUGCAACCAUACAAGUUCUGCAGAGAAGAACACAAACACAAGUUUCAGCUGAUAUACGCAGAGGUAACGACAGUUCUUCCACAGAUUUGUCAGCUCCAAAGAGCUUCAACAUUGCCUCCUAAUGACCAAAAUACAAUGAUUCAAGCCAUCGUCAGAUCAAGACAAAGUAGACAGAAGUUUGACAGAGCGUUGCUAGAAGACCUCUCAGAGACUGAGAUCUUUGAGACCAAAGCCAACAAAGUGACGCCAUUAGUAACCAACCCAGGCACUGUGCUCCUCACUACCUCAAUGUUAUACUUUCAGCCUCAUAAUAAUGCUGACAAGUAUCCUGUGAUAAAAAUCGGUCUCUCACAUAUCAGACAAAUCAUCAAACGACGCUAUCUAUUAAGGCAAGUGGGUUUGGAAGUAUUCUGCCGAGAUCAAUGCAUGGUCAAACAUCUGUUGUUGACAUUUAAGGAGUCUGAGUGUAGAGAUAAGCUGUACAAGUUCCUGACACAACAGGAGAGAGUAAAUAUGGAUGACAUGCGUCAAGACAAUAUGAGUUACCAGUGGCAGGCGGGAGCCAUAUCAAACUAUGACUACCUCUCCUAUCUCAACAGUCAGGCUGAUAGAAGUGAGAAUGACUUGACUCAGUACCCAGUGUUUCCCUGGGUAUUGGCAAACUAUGUGAGUGAGACCCUCGACCUAUCAGAUCCUGGAAUAUAUCGUGAUCUGUCCAAGCCCAUAGGUGCUCUCAAUGAAGAAAGACUUAAAAGAUUAAAGGAGCGUUGCAAGGACAUGCCAGAGCCAAGAUUCUUGUAUGGCUCGCACUACUCUACACCAGGCUUUGUGUUGUUCUACCUCGUGCGGCAGUACCCCCAGUAUAUGCUCUGUCUGCAGAAUGGCCGCUUUGAUCAUCCUGAUAGAAUGUUUAACAGUCUUGCUGAAACUUGGUGUAAUGUCACAACCAAUCCGUCAGACUUCAAAGAACUUAUACCAAACUUCUACAAUUUGGAUGGAUCGGCUGACUUUCUCACAAAUUCUCUACGAAUUAACUUCGGUGUAAGGCAGAAUGGAAAGCCAGUCGCCGAUGUUGAAUUACCUCCAUGGGCAAAAGAUUCCCGCAGUGUGAUAAAAAUAAUGAGAGAAGCUCUUGAGUCUGAACAUGUCUCAAAUAAUUUACAUUUCUGGAUUGAUCUCAUAUUUGGCUUCAAGCAAAAUGGUGAAGAGGCAGAGAAAGCUGACAAUUUGUUUUACCACCUCUGCUAUGAAGGAUCUGUAGACUUGGCUGCAAUUACAGACCUCAACGACAGAUUGGCAUUAGAGGUCCAGAUCACAGAAUUUGGGCAGGUACCGAAACAGCUCUUCUGUAGACCACAUCCUCGAAGGUCAAGAUCAUAUGGCCUUUAUGAUUCUCUUCAUCUGAAUAAUGUACUUGGAAGUACAUUAAAUUUUGUGGAAGAUUCUGCAGAGUGCAAUGAAAGUUGUGUUGGAGGAUCCAGCCUAACUGUCAGAAAUCUUUGGCAAAGGUUAACAGAUCUUCAGCAACUGCAAGAAUGUAAAGGGCAUCGUGAUGUCGUCAUGGGAGUUGCAUUUACAACUGACGCACAACAAGUCAUGUCUGUUGCUCAGGAUUCACUGAUAAAGAUGUUCACUGUGCCCAAGUUGGAGCAGAUGAGAAGUGUUCGUUUGAGCUCGAUGGCAACGUCGUGUUGUCUUCACCUGCCCGGCACCGAUGUUGCUGUUGUGGGCUCGUGGGAUAAUAAUGUGUAUACGUACAGUCAGGAAUAUGGUCAAGUGUGUCUGCUACUAGAGGCUCACUGUGAUGCAGUCUCGUGUAUGCAGUGGACUAACAAUGUUCUUGUCACUGGUUCGUGGGACUGCACUGCAAGGGCUUGGUCAGUACGUGGUAGUGCGGGGGUUGGUCGAAGACACGAAGAAAACACGAGAGGUGGCAUGAUGUCCGCUUUAUCUGCUGGUCAGAACAUUAUCUGUGAGAUGGAUCAUGAUUCUCCAAUCUUGUGCGUGGCCCUGCACCCAGAAGGGAUGCUCCUAGCCACUGGCAACCAGGAUGGCAUAUUGACCAUCUGGCUGCUGCCCGAUGGUGACCUUGUACAUCAAUUAAAUUGUCAUGAAGGGGGUGUGAAUGCAGUUGUGUGGAGCGCAGCCGACGAUCGCUUAUUAACGGGUGGGGAUGACGGAAAUCUGACCAUCGUUGAAGCUUAUCAAGGCACAAAAAUUUGUGUGCAUAAUCUGCAAGAAAAUGUAAGGUGUGUGGCAUGGGAAGGACGUCUGGUGAUUGCAGGUGGAGAGAGUGGCGACAUCAUCAUGUUUGAUAUGGGAACUGGCUUGGUGAUAAAGAGAUUUCCCGCACACAAUGGGCCUAUUACAUGUUUAGCAGUGAGUCCCGACAAUCUCCAUCUGGUGACCGGCAGUGAAGAUCGCAAGGUUAUACUGUGGGGUUUAAAUUCCUGAAGUUUGGGAUUAGUCUUGUGACUUUUUCAUUAUACCUCACUUAAAUUGCCUUGGCCUACAUUCUCUCCCUGCAAGACAAGUUUCUCUGGCCAGAAGAUGAGCCUUGUGGAGAGAGUUGUUGAACUUGACCAAAAGCAGUUAAGGUAUUAUAGGUUUUAACUCAAAGUAUUUUUACUAUACUGUUUUAUUUUUUAGAUUUUCCUAAACAUAUUUAUUCUACAAUUAAAAACAAAGACUGAAAAUUGUGAUACCUGGUAGAAAGUAGAUAUAAUAUUAGGCAAGCUUUUAAAUGAACCUUUCAUGUAUUCAUUGUGAUAUAUUGCCUAAAACAGGACUAAUCUGAUAUUUUAUGUGAUAUGUAGUUUAAUAUUUUAUGAGUAAAUAGAUUUUAAGGAUGAAAGUUGAAUAAGUCCAUUUUCAGAAUACAAAUAUUAUUUAUGGCUGCUGUAUGCAAGAACAGUAAUUCUAUGCUAAGAAGUAAUGCAAUUAUUUGUUCAAUACUACAGUAAAGUGCCCAUAGAUAAAAAUGAAUAUUUUUUCUUGGGGCAUCGAUUUAGCUAGAGUAUAGUUGUCUGGGAAUGGGAGUACUGACUGUGAUGGAUUUGGAAACUUCAGGAGUAAUGAACUGUUUCAACUACAUAGGGACUGUUCUACCUGGAGAAUAAUGGUCUUGUCAAUAUCUUACCAGGGGUGUCUUCAAGGGUUAAACUAAAUUAUGCAAGCCAAUUUGUGUGUUUUGACCUGGACUCUUAGGGUUUAUAACCUUGUAGGCAUCUACACCAUACAUUAUUGCAACAAUUCCCAGCUAGAGAUUGUGGUACUUCAUGUAUCUUCAUGUUAUCGACUGCUUUUUCCGUAAUGUGGCAGAUUUUAAUAACCAGCCAUAGUUUACAUAGAAUGCAUUUAGCUAUUAUAAAAGUAACUUUGUAUAUUCUCAUGUUCUACUACAGCAUUUGUAAUUUGUUGCUAUCCUUUGAUGGAAGCUUGUUGCUUACAUUUGACUUGUAACAUUAAUGCUUAAUCUUUUAAACAUUUAUUUUCACAAUAAAUUAGAUUAAAGAAGCUGUAGCUACUGAAAUAUGCACUUAUUAAAUCUACAGCAGGGGAAGAAAUGAGAGUUCUAAACUACAUGACAAUAUGUCAGCAUAGUUUUUUUGCGUUAUAGGAUGUUAAUAUGCAAUUUGUUACCAUAACUGAGUAGGUGGUGGCAACAAAACUAAUCAUUCCUCUGUACCAAGCCCUAUUGUACAAUUGCAACGUAGUAUAAAUUGUAGUAGAUUCUCUCUUGAAGUAUUAAAUUAUUAAAAGCAAUCAACCAAACUGGAAAUGGCUUUGUAUAGAAAUGCCUCGGACCAUUGUCUACCGAGAUAAGAUUUCCUGUUUAAAAUGUGCAAGUGUUAUUAGAAGUGGAAACUUAAAGAAUGCUCUGCCUUAUGAAAGCCAUGGGGUAAGUCAGAAUGUUUGAGAGAUUCAUUUAAAUUGGAUAAUGUUUUAAGUGUUACUGUAAGGAAUGGAAAAUGUUGGAAUCUACUUUUUGAAUUCAGGGGUUAGGCCAUUUUAGUUUUGUAGCAUUUUAAUUUUAAUAUGGUAUGGUAUUGCUAAACCUUUUGGCAAGAUGACAUGAGAACACAAUGAUAAAGGCUUAAACUUGUAGCUCUUAUAAAUGUGUAAACUAUAUGAUGGGGAAAAAAAGUAGACAUUUGUGAUUUGUUUAGCAUGACAUUUGGAUUUUAUGAAAAUAUCAUAGUUGAAUAAUGGAGUGUUGAUACCAAUGUCCCCUAGUAUAGUGCUACUGUCUCCAUAACUAGAGGUCUGUCAUGUCUGAAAUCUAAUAUUUUUUACCCAAAAUGAUGCAGUCCUGUGGUUUUGAAAUCAUAAUAGAAUGGAAUAUAGUUUGGAUUUUCAACUCAUUGAAUAUGUAAUAAACUUGUGUAGACAGGUUACUGUGAGAAGAGUAUAUAUGGUUACAUGUGUUAAAAUUUAGUACAUUGUUGCAUGUUUGUGUGCAUGUAGAAUUUUAGCAGUUAGCAUGUUAUUAACUUGCUUAAAAUUUCAAUUUAUAGGUGUAUUUAAGUAAUGUGUAACAAAUAAUGUGAUAUCAGCAUUAGUUUGUUUGCUGAAUAUGUAAGCUGCAUCAAGGUACAUUUAAGGUGAACACACUCAUGAUUUCACAAUGCCUUCAAAGUUUGAAUUUUUAGGCUUGUCAAUAAUAUUCUGGCCCAAUUAUGCCUGAUGUAAGUGAAUGUGUCGGGGUCACACGACUUAACACGGUGCUCUCAAUAGUCUGCACAAAUAUUUGCAGUAGAAGACAUAUCUUUCAUGCUAAAUCCUGAAUGAACUUUUUUGUCCCCCCCCCCCCCCCCCCCCCCCCCUUUUUUUUUUUUUAAUACUGUGUAUAUGUCUCAGAUCUUCCUCUUACUAGUUGGUAUUAGUUAAAUAGGAUCUAUUGUUAGCCGAGGCUACUAGUAUUGUGUAUAUAUAGUCUCAUCUCGACAAAAUAUAUUUUUGCAUUCCUUGAAAUAUCCCUGCUUAAUUUUACUAUUGGUAGUGGUAGUUUGGUGGAUAAUACAGUAAUACAUGUCAUAUUUUGUUAUCUCAUGGUUUAUACUUGUGUACUAGGAGAAUGCACACACAGGGAGAAUUGAAUCACAAUAAAUGUUAAUAUUUUUUCCAUAGCACACAUUAAACAUGUUCUUGAAGUAUUGCCAUAACAGGGGUAUAUGUUUCUGUACAGUAUUACCAUUAAACGUGUACAUGUAUCACUGUAGUAUUGUUAUUUUAUGCAGUUGUACAGAGCAUCCGAGAAAGUUAAUACUUGUAAGACAGUGUGGAUCUCGGAUGCAGUCAAUGUAAAAUCAAUAUUCGUAAAACAGCAUGGUUCUCGGGUGCCGUCACUGUUUAAAUGAAAACUAAUUUAACAACUGUCAAAUUAGAUAUACAUUUUAGAUGUACUGUACUUAGUUUCAAAGUACAUAGUUUAUAUAUGCAUUAAUUUAAACACCAUUAAAAAAUACUUUGUAUUGUACAAUAUGCUUGUAAUUAGCCAGUAUACCAACGUGGUUUUCUCAAACUUCACUCUGAUCUACAGUCGUGUGUGUGGAAUAAAUAUUAACAGGUGGUGGUGGUGGUGUAUAUACUGUACUGUAAGUACGCUUCAACUCUUGUCUUUAUCUCAUAUAUUGUAAGUGUAUCCCUGGCUAUAUGUAUUUAUUUUCCGAUUAUUUUUUUAAUUUUAUAAAUUCCUGAAAUUUUAAUUUCAAUAAAAUACUAAUUAACAGGUUAUGUAA